AUGGACGAGGAAGAAGCCGCGGAAAGGAUGCCUCCAGCCGGCGUCCGACCCCGGAAUCGCCCGCCGCAAGUGAUGCUGAACCAGAAAAAGAUCAAAGCGAGACGGAAAAAGCGAAAGGAGUUGGUUUUGAUCCAGAUAUGCUUGAUGGGAGGGAUGCUUCUCUUCGUCAAGGGGUUCUCCUACCUAGCAGAACAUUCAGGUUUUGACACAUCCAGCCCCACCACGUAUGAUGAUGAGCGAUGGGGAGGCAGGAAGCUACUGCAGGAGGUGGACACAUUGGACAGUAAUAGCAGCAUGGAAGAGGAUGGGGAAAAGAAAAACUGCACCGAACCAGACUGUCGGGACAGACGUCAGAACACACACACACACACAAUCUCUUGCUUGUGUAACCCGAAAUCUCUGUCUCUUCCAGCUUUGCACGAGUUCCCUACAGAUCUGUUUACCCACAGGGAGAGGACAGAAGGAGCUGUGGCCCUACACGUCCUGUGUGCCAUGUAUAUGUUCAUUGCCCUGGCCUUGGUUUGUGACGAUUACUUUGUCCCUUCGCUGGAGAAGAUAUGUGAGCGUCUUCAUCUCAGUGAGGAUGUAGCAGGGGCAACCUUUAUGGCCGCUGGAAGCUCCGCCCCUGAACUCUUCACCUCUGUCAUAGGGGUCUUCAUCACUAAAGGAGAUGUGGGUGUGGGGACCAUUGUGGGGUCAGCAGUCUUCAACAUCCUCUGCAUCAUCGGAGUGUGUGGAAUCUUUGCUGGCCAGGCUGUGAAGCUCUCCCAUUGGACACUACUCAGAGACUCCGCCUACUACACGCUCUCUAUCGCAGCCCUCAUUGCAUUUAUCUACGACGGGGAGGUUACAUGGUGGGAGUCUCUAGUCCUGAACGUGAUGUACCUCUUCUACAUUCUAAUCAUGAAGUUUAACGGCAGAGCGAGGCGCUACUUUGACCGGCGGAAGAAGAGCUCCGUGAGUCUGGCCAACGGUCUGACGGGCAGCACUGACCUGGAGGACAAUGUCACCUGUGACGCCACCGCCGUCCUGCUCAAGAAAGCUAACUUCCAGUGUAAGCCCAGUGUGCUGAUGGUGGAUGAGCUACUGUCAGCCUACCCCCACCAGCUGUCCUUCUCUGAGGCUGGCAUGAGGAUCAUGAUCACCAGUCACUUCUCCCCCAGGACACGAUUAGCCAUGGCUUCACGCAUGCUCAUCAAUGAGAGACAGAGGGUGAUCAACACCAGUGAGACCAGGGUCAACCAACACAUCACCAAUGGAGACUCAGACUCUGCAGCUGCCAGGGCUCCAGAGAGGCGGGGUCUGGAGAACGGCAGGACGGGCGGGGCCGAGAGAGGGCUGAACGGGAGAUGCCUAGGUCAGGGGGUCCUGGAGUCGGGGAAUGAGACGGAAAACGAGAACGAGGAUAAUGAGAAUAAUGAGAACGACGGAGGAGAGGAGGAAGAGGACGAGAACGAAGGACCUCUGGUCCCUCACAGACCACCAGCGGGUGUGUGUAACAAGAUGAAGUGGCUGCUGUGCUGGCCUCUGUGCCUGCUCCUCUUCUUCACCAUCCCUAACUGUGCCAAGCCACCCUGGGAGAGAUGGUUCAUGGUCUCCUUCGUCACCUCCACCAUGUGGAUAGCUGGCUUCUCCUACAUUAUGGUCUGGAUGGUGACUGUGAUUGGGUACACGCUCGGCAUCCCUGAUGUCAUCAUGGGCAUCACGUUCCUGGCGGCGGGGACUAGUGUUCCAGACUGCAUGGCCAGCCUCAUCGUGGCACGCCAAGGUCUGGGAGACAUGGCCAUCUCUAACUCUAUUGGCAGCAAUGUGUUUGAUAUUCUGGUGGGCCUUGGCCUGCCCUGGCUUUUACAGACCCUCUGCAUUGACUAUGGAUCAACUAUCUCUCUGAACAGUAGAGGAUUGAUCUUCUCUGUUGCGCUGCUCUUGGCCUCAGUGUUCCUCACAGUGCUGGGCGUCCACUUAAACAAAUGGACUCUGGACCGUCGACUGGGUCUGACCUGUCUCCUCAUGUACGCAGUCUUCGUCUGUUUCUCCGUCCUCAUCGAGUUCAACGUCUUCAUCUUCGUCAACCUGCCCAUGUGCCGCGAGAUCCUCUGA